AUCCUAUAAGAGCCCUCCGAUCUUAUAUCCAGCUUUCGAUUCAAUUGAUAAGAUAAAUUUCCAAUAAUCAAAUCAAUCUUGUCUGAUCAGAUCAGAUCAGUUCUUCAGACAACGAGACCUGACUCGGUGGAGCGGCCGGUUUGAUCCUGGUUCCCCACGCCGUUUUCUUUCUUUUUCUCCGUGCAGGGAAUGGAGGAAUGAGCGUCGACCGCACUCCCAACCCUCGCGGGUAUUCAGGAGUGCCGGUACUCCCCGGUACAGUACUGCACUCCCGGAGCAUUGGUAGAAGGGAGGGGUAAUUAAUUUAUUUGGCUUGGGGGUCAGCGGUAUCACUUUUCUUCCUCGCGCAUUUGGCAUUUGGCAUUUGGCUUUACGGGGUGGGGGGUGCAGUACAAGUGCAGUGCGGUAGCAUGAUUGAACGAGUCCCAGGGCCUCUCGGCAUACUGCAGAGUACAUAACAUUGCAGUUCCUUUUUGGAUCAAUUGAACUUUCUUCGCUCCUCCCUUUGAAGUCAAUUAUCCACCUUUUCUCCUUCCCCUCCGUGGAUACACCCAUUCCUACAGUCUUAGACAAAAGUCCUUGGACUUUGCAAAGAAGCCAAGAUGUCAAACGUAUUCGCAGUUCCAGUAUUCUUCGUAGUCUUCCGCGAAACAAUUGAAGCCGGAAUUAUAGUUUCCGUCCUCCUCGCAUUCCUUAAGCAAACCUUAGGCACGGAGGACGAAGCAAUCUACAAACGCUUGACCCGUCAAGUCUGGAUCGGUCUCUUCGCCGGUCUCUUCAUAUGUCUGGUGUUAGGAGCAGCAUUCAUUGGCGCAUUCUACAGCAUUGGCAAGAACCUUUGGGAGCAGGGUGAAGAUCUCUGGGAGGGGAUAUUUUGUUUGCUGGCUUGUAUCAUUAUCACUAUAAUGGGUGCCGCAAUCCUCCGCAUCUCUAAACUCCGUGCAAAAUGGCAAAUCAAAAUCACCGAAGCCCUCGAGUUGAAAAAGAGCCGAACCCUCGGCUCGUGGAUGAAAAAAUAUGUUAUGAUAAUCCUUCCCUUUGUAACCGUAAUUCGCGAGGGUCUGGAAGCUAUUGUCUUCGUUGGUGGAGUCUCACUGUCCGCGCCGGCUAGUUCGUAUCCCUUGCCGGUCGUUAUUGGCAUGGUGGCGGGAGUUGCGGUUAGUUGGGGGAUUUACCGCGGGGGUAAUUCGCUAAGGAUCCAGUGGUUUUUAAUCGCGAGCACCAUGUUGUUGUAUUUGGUUGCUGCGGGGUUGGGAUCUAGAGCGGUUUGGAAGUUCGAGAUGUAUGAGUUCAAAAAACUUGUUGGGGGAGAUGUAGGUGAGACCGGCUCGGGUCCUGGAUCGUAUGAUAUCAGAAAUACAGUCUGGCAUGUCAAUUGCUGUUCGCCGGGCUCCAGAGGUGGCGCUGGCUGGGGUAUUUUCAAUGCUAUCCUCGGAUGGCAAAAUACCGCUACAUAUGGCUCCAUCCUUUCGUAUAACAUCUAUUGGAUUAUAGUCUCUCUGGGAUUUAUAUUGAUGCUGUUCCGCGAAAAAAGGGGACACUACCCGCUCAUGAAAACCCCAGCUUCUAACCGUGCUUCGGAGGAGGGCUCGGAAAGUGGUGCCGGGGGUGUCAUGACCGGAGGCGCUCCGGGGGAGAAAAUGACGCCAAAUACUAAACUCGAAGUCACGGAUAAAGCGUAA